AUGGAUCCUUAUAAUAUAGAAAAUAAUUAUGAACAUUAUUAUAGCAAUGGCUCUGAAUCUGAUGAAAAUUCAGAAACCUCGCCAGAAACCCUUUACUCGUCUGAAAUUACAAGGCCUAACAUUCAAACAACAUUCUCAGAAAAAGAAAAAG